AUGAGUAUGAAGGUGACGUAGUAACUUUUAUUAUAUAUUCUGACUGUUUCAUUUCAGAUUUAAUAGUAGAAUCAGUCAAAGUCAUGCCUUUGAACUUUCUGAUCAAACACCGUUCGAGUGGAAAAUUCUUUCAUCCGGAGGGUGGUGACAGCAAUCCCCACAAUGAUACAACUAUUGUUCUGCAUCAAGAUGUCCAUAACAUGCAUUGGACAUUUGAAAAAGUGAAUGGUCAUUUGGGGUACAUCAAACAUGUAUCUAGUGGAAAAAUUAUUCACCCGAAAGGCGGCAGUUUGAGUCCAGGAAAUGAUACAAAGCUUUUGCUUCACAGUGAUCGACAUUGGGGAGCUCUGUUUGCUCUUGACGGUGCAAAUGAUCAUGUCAUACACAAAGGCGGAAGAUACGCUCAUCCCCAAGGCGGUAGUCCAAAUCCAAGCAAUGGGACAACUGUUUUAUUGCAUUCGGAUGUACAUGACGCCAUGAGAUUCCAGUUCGUGUCAACAGACAAUCCGAAUAAAGAAGUUCUCGUUUAUGGAAAUCCAACGAUGGUUGGAAAAUGGAAGGUGAUCAACAUGGUCCUCAAUCCCAUUGCAGAACAUGUGGACAAACUUGAAAUAAAGAUUGGGAAGUCAGAAACUGAGAGUAGGACCACAUCAUUCAAGUACAGAUGGGAGAUGUCAGCGGGUUUGGACGUUGGAUUAGUCAAAGCCUCGGCUUCCCAAUCAUUCGAGAUGAUGUUUAAAAAGACAUCAUCAGCCACGUGGUCCAGUGAAACAACACGGACAAGAGAAAUACGAGUAAAACCUGGCCAUUCAGUAGUUACGUGGCAAUACGUGUUUGAUGUCAUGCAGAACGAAUCUAGGUCGGUUUUCCAAAGCGAUCUCCUUGCUGAUACUGACAACGCAACUAAAGAACCAGAUGCUUUACAGUACAGAGCAUAAUUUGCAGUCUUAGUGAUGGUACACAAAUUAACGACAUAAAGACUUAAAACACACGAGUUAUAUUUAGCAUGUGUUAAUUAACAUUAAUAUUAUGAUUGAAUUAUUUAAGACAUUUUAUUUCUUUUCAAGUUAAAGACAAGAAUGUAUUGUACAUGCAAGCAGUAGCACAACUUGCAAAGUUGCAAUCAUAGUCUGCUUACAUUCGUAAAAAUGUUAAAGAAAUAAAAUUGAUGCAGAUGAAUUUCAUAUCCUAUCAACGACCGAGUUUAGUCAAACUUGCAAGAAUUAUCUAUCUGGGAAGUAAACCAAUUUGAUUCAGUACCGUAUUUCAAAAUUGUUUCUUUAUAGAGUUUUCAAGUUAAACAGAUCUGCUUUCCAAAAGACCGUCUUUAAAUUAUAUUGAUUCAAUGAUUGUUUAUUUAAGAAAUAACAUGUCUCAUUUUGUGAUUUGUCGUUGAAUAAAAUCAUUGUUUCUAGUUCAGAUGCGAAGGGAUUAUAUUAAGAGGGCGCAGUUUUCUUUGUUUAAUAGGAAAAUGAAUCAGGUUGUGCUAGAAUCAGGUUGUCAAUAUAUAUAUAUUCGAAUUAAGUACCCGAUAUUGAAUAUAGAUAAAGACUUGAAUAACUUCUUUGCUUCCACCUCAGAUUAUACAAACUGAACGUUGUAAACGGGUUUGCAACGACCAAAUAAAAAUAUGCAGCAUAUGGUUUCAACACUGGGCUUUGCUUAGUUCAAUGGUGGAUCCGGUGAAAAGAAAUCUUAUCAGUUGUAUAAAAGUAUGACCGAGUAGUUUUAGAGCCGAUAAGAAUACUGUUGCUGGGCUGUAGCAAAUACUGCCACACCAAAAUGCAAUAUUUUCCCUCCAUCAUCCGGCAUAACUUCAAAACUUCUCAAUUCACUAAACAUGUAGGUAUUUGUUGACAUACAUAAAUAGAAAUGAGUAAAUUCAUAUUAACUGUCAGCAUUACAAGUUUCAACAACAAUAAGAAAUACAAUCACUAAGAAGGUUCUUUGUAAGAACGGAAAGAAACAUAGCAGUACAAUAAUUGAGUCUAUAAAUCCAAGGGAAUGAAAUAUGCAAUACUCCUUACGUCCCUUGCAGCAGAAUUCUGUUAUACAAAUGUAUGAAACCGAUUUUAUGAUCCCAAAACGACAAACAUAGACAACAUCGAAUCAAAGAAACCGCAAUUGCAUAAUGAUUAUUUAAUAUUACAUAAAUGAAUAUUUGAUUGUCUCGAUUAUUCUUCUUUUUUGCGUAGACAAUAUUUCAUGAAUAUGAUUUGUAUUUUUGCUCCAUAAUGUAAUUAUUGCGAUAUUAUUAAAUUAAUUUGGCUACAGUCAACUUUGUCUUGCUCUUAUUUCUUUUCCUCUAAACACUUACUGUUUCGUUGUUUUGUUAAUUUGAAAAAUAUUGUUGUUUUGUUAAUGGCAUGCAGCAGUUCUGUGCCGGUAUCUGCAAUAUCUGUAUCUUAGAAUAUUUGCAAUUAUUAACGACUGUCAAAGAUCAUCUUUAGGAGAGGUCAAUUUGACUCGCAUAUUAAGUCAGUCUGGCUAACGCAAUAGUACUAGACAAAUAAAUGUCCCAAGACCUAAUUGCAUUGUAUGGUCGCUGGAAAUACUGGUCAUUUUUUCCCCAAGAUCAUCAGCUUCCAUAUGUUGUAUGUAUAUGAAAUUAAAAUCUGUACAUCUCGGCUUGUACAUAACCGAACUGAUUUGCGCUAGUGAGAAAUUACAGCAAGUGACAUUUUCGUCAGCUUGACCUGAUUUUUUUUUGAAUGGGGUGACAAGAUGUUUAUUAUAGGCGUUUAUAAUUCAAAUAGGCAUCCAGAAUAAAUUGUUUUAUACAUACGUUUGGUCGUGUGUUUUAUGUCGUUGGAUCGGAAAAUGAAAGCAACUGACGCACGCAAUUUAAUAGAUAGUUCGUGAGUAAAUAAAAAUGUUUUUGAAAAGAUAUCUUUAGUCAAAAUUUCCCCGCGAAGAUUAGAUGUUCUCAAUGUAGAACAACCAUAUCCAAAUCUUAUUGUCGACAGAUAGCAUUAUUUUUGAUCCAGAUCAAUUAAGCCUACUUUAUUUUAUACUAAAUUAUUUUCGCUCGAUUUUCAAUGAUUCUCGAUACCGCGUUAUACAGAAAAUCUAGUACUGAGUCAUAUGUGAAGACAUGGCCAUUACCCCAUUGUGGCUCGAACCCACUACCACCGGGUUGAGCGGUCAACACCUUAACCGCUAGACCACCGCUCCUUUUAACAUACAUCAUUUAGUGGAUUUUGUGCAUUUGCCUAUUGUUGUUAUAACUUCAGUGACAUAUGAGCGACAUAUGAAGUACGAUGUAAAACAAAUAAUUGCUUUCAGUCUUAAACUUAGAGUCUCUGAUACCUUAAUCAAUUAUUUUGCUUGAGUUAACACUACAGUAACAACACAUUACAGUCAAUAUUCAUUGUAUUCAUCUAUCGUGUAUUAUAUAAAUAUUGCAUUCCUGAGAGGGUGAUAUGAAAAAUGUUUACCGCGAGAUAUAUGAAUAUUGACCGAGGCGCCAGCAGAAUGUGUAUUUAUUUUAAUAUACCGAAAGCUUAUAAGUGUCAAAGCAUUUACUUGAAAAUCAACAUAAUAAUUUAUUUAACAUUAAAAGGUAAUUACUAAACAAAUAAUGAAGACAGAAUUAAAGAGUCUUUCCUUGUUAGCACUCAUAAUUUGUGGCGACUUUGCUGUGUAAUAAGACUUUUUUGAUAAAUUUAGUCGAGACGUUUACAUAUCGCCGAUCCAUAUAUUUAUUCUAAUAUUUCAACAUCGCGUAACAUCAGUAACAUUCGAAAAACGGCGAUAACUUUCUUUUUUCUAAACGAAACAUAUAAGUGUGAGCACUCAUUUUCUUAGUUAGAUCAUUUCCAAACUUAUUGUGGUAGUUUCGAUUCAAUAUUUGAUGAAAAAUUGUUUUCGAAAUAUUUUGCACGUAGCAUAAAAAAGAAACGGCUGUGUUCGCACACGCAAGAGCACCAGAAAAGGGUAAUUUAAUCCUAACUUAUAAUUAUACAAGCGCCUCGUCUGAAAAUUUAUCGACUCAGUCUUUUAAUCAAUGCGAAAGUAUCAAUGAUAUGAAAAAAUAAUAUCACAUGCGCAGAAAAACAAAAUAACACUGUUGCGCAUGUGAUAUGAAAUUAUGGAUCAUAUCACCUGCGCAGAAAUUGAAAAUAACGAUUUUGCGCAUGUGAUAUAAAAUCACUUGGGAAUAUAAUAUAUUAUUCAAGUUAAACUAAUGGGAAAUUUGCAUUGGACAUUUAUGUGAGGUAUAAUAAA